GGGAAAUGGAAAAAUCAAGGAAGCUAAAAAGGGUAAAACGCGAGGAUUGGUACUAAUUUUGAAACCUCACAAACGAGAAAAUUACGAAGUUUAUUUUCCAGAAACGAUAGAACAAGAACAACAAAUUUCAGUUCGGCAACUAAUUAAGGAUUUACUAGACAAGUCCCAAAAAUUAGGAAAAGGAGCCCAACAAAAUGAUAUUUACAUUUUGCGAACGGGUAGCAAGGAAAGAGAAGGAAAAACUGGCGGGCCUUCCUCCGGAAUAGCACACUAUCUAGCUCUUUACAGUGCUUUACAUAAAAUUCCUUUACCACGAAAUUUAGGUUCAACUGGAACAGUGGAGGGAGAAAGGGUGGGGAGUAUAGGAGGUCUACGAUAUAAGUUAGAAGCUUCGGUUGACAAUGGGAUAGAUACUUUUAUACUAGCAGAAAAAAACAAGAAACAUAAAAACCAAGAGAAUAGUUUCGACGAUAUUUAUCCUAGUAUUGAAAGCAAGGUCAAACAAGUUCAUUUUGUUAGUUCUGUCAAAGAAAUAGAAAUAGCCUUAAAUGAGAUAUUAAAUGGAGCCAUUAAAGAAAAAGUUCAUGUUUGCGGAAAAGAACCAAUUCCCGAGAAAAAGCCUGAAAAGCCCGAAAGAAACCGCGACCCACCUAUUAACUCAGAAAUUACUUCCGAACAACUUUUAAGUUUAAUUACCGAAUUAGGUAUUCGGGAAAAACAGGGAGAAAACCAAGAUUUUUGGGAAAAAUUACAAAUGGCUUAUGGCAAGAAUCCGAAUUAUCAAGAGGCGGUUGACCAAACCAAAAAUCUCCGCCAAGAAUAUUUAGGAAAGUUAGAAAAAAUACAAAAUAAUCCUGGUGGGAGAAAUCCAAACCAAGGCAAAAAGAUUAGAAAGUUUGUUGUUCUUGCUGGCACUGCUGGCGGCAAAAAAGAAUGA